ACAAAUCACACACAGCCAUGGCGUGGAGAUUUGCAGCGUCGAAAUUCAAGAACACGACGCCAAAGGUUCCGAAGAAGGAGAAUGAAUAUGAUGAUGGUGAUGAAGCGUCGGUGGAAGAGGAUCAUUAUGACGAUCUGACGUCCGAGAGCAACAAUGGUGUUGGCAGUAGAAGAAGAAGCCGGGCUGUGUCGUGCAAGAUUAAAUUCAACACGGAGACAAUCUUCGAUGUUCCCGUCGGCAAUCUCUCCUGCACGAAUGACGGAAUCCACGCCAGCGCCGACUUCCUCGCUUUCCACAUUGAGGGAGAAGGUGGCAAACUCGGAGUUCUGCCCAUCACUGCGAAGGGACGACGCACCCGCAACGAUAUCGGAAUUAUCGCGGCUCACGGAGAGCAAGUAGCGGAUUUCGGAUUCUUGACGUUCGCCGAUGAGCUGCUCGCCACGUGCAGCCGAGAUGAACCCGUAAAAAUCUGGAAGCUCUCCCGGGAUCACUCUCCAAAACUGGCCACAGAAAUCGACGUUGGAGGUGGCAACGUGAUUGCGGAAUGUCUUCGAGCUCAUUCCACGGCCGAUAACAUUUUGGCAGUCGGCUCCCACGGUUCGACGUACAUCACGGACAUCUCCACGGGAAAGACGGCUGUCGAGCUCUCCGGAGUGACGGAUAAAGUUCAAUCGAUGGACUGGAGUGAGGAUGGUAAACUUCUGGCGGUCAGUGGCGACAAGGGACGUCAGAUUGUUGUGUACGACCCGCGUGCUAGCAUGGAGCCAAUACAAACGCUCGAGGGACAUGGUGGAAUGGGCAGAGAGGCCCGUGUGCUCUUUGCUGGAAACCGACUCAUCAGCACUGGUUUCACUACGAAACGAAUCCAAGAAGUGCGCGCGUACGAUACUGGAAAAUGGGGAGCACCCGUGCAUACACAGGAGUUCGUCUCCACCACCGGUGUACUCAUCCCGCAUUACGACGCCGACACUCGUCUCGUCUUCUUGUCUGGCAAGGGAACCAAUAAGUUAUUUAUGCUGGAGAUGCAGGAUCGUCAACCCUAUCUUUCGCAUGUCUUCGAGCUUACACUGCCAGAGCAGACACUCGGUGCGACGAUUGGCGCCAAGCGGCGAGUACAUGUUAUGGAUGGAGAGGUUGAUACCUACUACCAGCUUACGAAAAGUUCGAUUGUGCCAACUCCAUGCAUCGUGCCACGAAGAUCCUAUCGUGAUUUCCACAGCGAUCUGUUCCCAGAGACACGUGGUGCCGAGCCAGGAUGCACCGCCGGCGAGUGGUUGAAUGGGACAAAUGCAGUUCCGCAGAAAGUUAGCAUGGCUCCGUCGCAAAGCUCCUCAUCGCCACCGCCUCCAGAGCCAGUUCCAACUCCGAAGGUUGCUCAAACACCAGCUCCAGUUCCAGUACCAACACCAGCAGCCGCACCUCGUCCCAUGUCCAACAAUAAUUCAUCGUCGAACAACGUGCCGAGCGUCCAGGAACAACAUUCGGUUCCAAAGAAAGAAGAGGUUCGAGAACUCGAUUACAGGCCUUACGAAAAGGAGAAUGGAGUUCACACCCCAAAUGCCGAGACAAAUAGCACUCAGGGAAACUCGUCACCAAUCUCCACCAUCUCUCCGGAGCCAGUCACGAUUGUGAAGCCCGCAAGCACGCCUGCAACCGACUCAGUGUCAACUCCAAGCGUCGUUGGACCGGCAUUUGGUAAAAAGGUUCCGGAGCAGCCACCAGUGAACUUCCGUAAGCCGAUCGGAGCCUCGAAUCGUGUGCCACUCUCGCAAAGAGUUCGUCCGAAGUCGUGUGUUGUCGGUCAGAUCACGUCGAAGUUCCGUCACGUGGAUGGUCAGCAAGGAACGAAAUCUGGCGCCGUGUUCUCGAAUCUUCGCAAUGUGAACACGCGUCUGCCGCCAGAGUCCAACGGUGUCUGCUGCUCGAACAAAUUUGCGGCGGUUCCUCUCGCCGGUCUAGGAGUCAUUGGGAUCUAUGAUGUGAAUGAGCCUGGCAAGUUGCCCGAUGGAGUUAUGGACGGAAUCUUCAACAAGACGCUUGUCACCGAUUUGCACUGGAAUCCGUUCGACGAUGAACAGCUCGCCGUAGGAACCGACUGUGGACAGAUCAAUCUGUGGCGUCUAACCACGAACGAUGGUCCACGGAAUGAGAUGGAACCCGAGAAGAUUAUCAAGAUUGGAGGUGAGAAGAUCACUUCGUUGCGUUGGCAUCCACUUGCGUCGGAUCUCUUGGCCGUGGCGCUUUCGAAUAGUACAAUCGAGCUGUGGGAUGUGGCAAAUGCGAAGCUUUACAGCCGGUUCGUCAACCAUACCGGAGGGAUCUUGGGAAUCGCAUGGUCGGCUGAUGGUCGGCGGAUCGCUUCAGUCGGAAAGGACGCGACGCUCUUUGUGCAUGAGCCGGCGAGCCGCGAGCAACGGGUCUACGAACGGAAAACAGUUGUCGAGUCGACUCGUGCCGCCCGUGUGCUCUUCGCCUGUGACGAUCGGAUUGUGAUUGUGGUCGGGAUGACGAAGAGCUCGCAGCGACAGGUUCAGAUGUAUGAUGCGCAGACAGUGGAUCUUCGACACAUUUACACUCAAGUGAUCGAUUCGGCGACACAGCCCCUGGUGCCUCACUAUGAUUACGAUUCGAAUGUGCUUUUCCUUAGCGGAAAAGGUGAUCGAUUUGUGAACAUGUUCGAGGUGAUCUAUGAUUCGCCGUAUCUGCUUCCGUUGGCACCAUUUAUGUCGCCUGUUGGAAGUCAAGGAAUCGCGUUCCAUCAGAAACUGAAAUGUAACGUGAUGGCUGUCGAAUUUCAAGUUUGCUGGCGCCUCUCGGACAAAAAUCUGGAGAAGAUUACGUUCCGUGUUCCACGUAUCAAGAAGGACGUCUUCCAAGAUGACUUGUUCCCGGAUUCACUUGUCACAUGGGAGCCCGUCACGACUGGAACAAAAUGGAUGCUCGGAGAGCAAGCUGCACCCGUGUUCAGAUCACUCAAGCCGGAUGGCGUGUUCUCGUCGAUUCCUCGCGCGAUCACUGCAUCUGUUCGUCACUCGGAAAUGCCAUCAUCGUCGUCCACGACAAAUUCUGCCGCACAGACACCAUCUACUUCAGUCACACAUUCGACUACGGAGAAGCAUCAUCAUCACCAGCACCACCAGCAUCAGGAGCCAACAUCAGUGCCGACACCAUCGUCGCGAAACAUGCAAAGCUGUGGAGUCGAAAGCACUCAACAGCCGGACCGUAAACAGGUGAGCAUACAGUACUCGGAGGAAGAAGGCUCCGAAUAUUUUACCGAUGAGCUUGACGAUGUUGAUGAUGAGAUUGAUGAUGCUGCUGCUGCAGCCCGUGCGGCUGAGAAUAUUCGUAUUCCGGCGUGUCUAUUACAGACGGCUGCUCAAAAAUCUGAGGAAGAGGAUGAGUACGAUGUCAUGGAGACGUAUCUUUAAUUAAUACUCUAUAUACUGGUACGACGGGUGGCCGCUGCGUGGUCGACAAAAAUCGACGUGGACACGCGCCUCGAACAAGAUCAAAUGGAGGGUGUCGAUGAGGCGGAAUGGGACAAAUAGGCGCUACUGGACCAUUUCAUAUUAUUUUCAGUCAAGUAGUGUACAAUGAACACAAUUUUCUCACGGUUCUGUAAAAAUGUUUUUUCUAUUGAAAUGUUUGAUUUUUCGCCCCCAUCACCAAUCCAUCACCACCUCUCCCUCUCUCGCUUUUUAUUUGUCUCAUGCUUUAUUCAUCAUUUUUUAUGAUUAUUAUUAUGAGUAUUAUUACUAUUGUAUAGUCUCCAAUUUCGUGAUUUUUGGUUUUCUAGAAAAUUGCGCCCGCUCGCCCGCCCCCACGACUUACCACCUCCCCCUGAAUUUUUUUGUGCUCCCAUCGCCUAGUCGAAUUUAUUCUUUUGUAUUUUUGUGUGUCCACUUUCUCUCUCGGUCGAUGUGUUUUAACAUCCAUAUUUUCUGCCCCGCCUCGUCCCCCCUCUCAAUCGCCCGCUCCCCGCCCCGCCUUUACACUGUGUUUCGAUGAAAUAAACAGUAGAGAAUUGU